AUGUCAGCCGCCAUUCUGUUGCCAGACAUGCGAAUCGGUCAUUUGGAGCAUCCGGUAGCACAAAAUUCGCACUUCGGCUGGAUUUUGUGGGGCAGAACCACAGCACCAGCUAAUACUGCCAUCCAUCCAAUUACCAUUCAAUGCCAUCACACAACAAUCAAUCCAAAUUUAGAUACACUUGUCAAGCAAUUUUUCGAUUCGGAGCAAGUUCCAGAGGAGCGUUGUCUCACCGAAGAAGAACAAUGGUUUGUUAAAUUCUUCAAUCAAACGUGCACUCGUCAACCGACAGGAAAAUACAUGGUACGACUACCAAUAAAAACACUUUUCGAUCCGAAUCAGACGUUGGGUCGAUCAAAACAGAUAGCUCUCAGAAGAUUUCAACAAUUGGAAAGGCGUUUACAACGAACCGAUGGACUAAUGGAACGCUAUUCUGCAGGUAUAAAUGAUUAUUUUGAAUUAAAUCAAAUUGUUCCCGCUAUCUCUUCAGAAGAUGAUCACUGUACUGUGACCGAAACCAAUAAGCCAACCGUUACUGCUUGUUAUUUACCUCAUCACCCUGUGAUUCGAGAAGACAGUUUGACAACUAAGCUUCGUGUUGUUUACGAUGCAUCCGCAAGCACUUCAAAUGGAAAAUCUCUUAAUGAUAUUCUGUGCAUCGGGCCAGCAUUACAAAAUGAACUACCAGCUGUUAUUCUGAAUUGGCGAACGUAUGAGUUUGUAUUCAUAGCUGAUAUUCAAAAAAUGUAUCGAUGCAUCGACAUGCACCCAGAUGACAUUGCAUACCAAACAAUUCUCUGGCGCAACAAAACUGGUGACAUUCAGGAAUUUUGCUUGACCACAGUCACUUUUGGUACUGGUGCAGCACCAUGUCUUGCAAUUAGUGUCGUUCACCGUAUUGCUGAUGACGAAAAGGAACGAUAUCCAUUAGCUGAAGAAGUACUGAAGAAGGAAAUGUACGUCGAUGACGUACAGUCGGGGGGAAGUUCCAUCGAAAUCGCCAUUCAAAAAAGAGAUCAGGUAAAGGCAGCACUUGCAUCAGCUGGUAUGGAAUUGAGAAAAUGGGCAAGUAAUCAUCCAGCCUUGCUUGAUUCAAUUCCAAUCGAACAUCAAUGCAGUAGCACAUUGCUCUCAAUGGACAGCAACGAAACAAUCAAAACGCUUGGUAUGUAUUGGCAACCAAAUGGAGACAUAUUCAAGUUUAAAUUGAGAUUCGAUGUGCCUACAUCGGUCACAAAACGGUCGGUGCUAUCAACGGUGGCACGUCUUUAUGAUCCAUUAGGAUUCAUUACUCCAGUCAUCGUGACAGCAAAAAUCAUUCUGAAACGUAUUUGGAAUUUUCAACGCGAGUCGUCUGAAAAAGCACUCAAAUGGGAUGACAAUGUGCCGGAGCCCAUUCAGAGUGAAUGGCUACAUUUCAUCAACGAGUUACCGUCAAUUGAUCAAAUAUCCGUUCCAAGAUGGAUAGACUAUUCACCGCAUGAUAUUCAAUCAAUUCAACUACAUACCUUUUGUGAUGGUGCAACAACUGCAUUUUCAGCAAAUGUAUACAUUCGAAUUCAAUACAACAACGGAAUGGUGUACACACAUCUUCUCAUCGCAAAAGGCAAAGUAACACCAACAAAACCAAUAACAAUUCCACGAGUAGAAUUGUGCGGCGCCGAAUUGGCAUCACGAUUAGCAUCAUGGGCAAAGAAAAAUCUUCGUUUGAACGUCAAUGAAAUUCCGAUGUAUUUCUGGUGCGACGCUACAAUCGUGUUGCAUUGGAUCAAAGGAGAUAUUUCCCGAUGGAAAACGUUUGUUGCAAAUCGGGUGAGUAAAAUAUUAUCAAAAUCAUCAUCAUUGUUUUGGAAUCAUGUAGAUACCAAGGAAAAUCCGGCUGAUUGUGCAACUCGAGGGCUUACACCAUCGCAAUUGAAAGAUUUUGGUUUGUGGUGGAACGGUCCGGACUGGCUAUUACAUUCAAAUACACAAUGGCCACAAUUUAAUAUCAAUGAUCACUCAUUCGAUGACAUAACUCUUGAAGCUAAAUCAACAAAGAUUCACGUUCACGCUACAAUCACAAGUGAAUCUCUUAUUUAUUAUUAUUCGUCGUUAACGAAAUUGGUUCGCAUCACUGCUUGGAUUCUACGCUACACUUUUAAUGCGCGCAAGCCGAAUCAGUCACAUCGUCGGUCAGGUGCACUUUCAGUCAUCGAAUUACAAGAAAGUCUAUUCAAGCUGAUUCAGCUAGUUCAAGCCGAAGCAUUUGGAAAGGAAAUUUCGUGUAUCCAAUCGAGUGAACCAUUCCCCACAAAAUCGAAAAUUCGUGGUUUGGCUCCAAUCAUCGAUAAGUCAAACAUACUACGUGUACGGGGCAGAUUACAACGAUCAAAUUUGCCUUAUCGUCAAAAGCAUCCUAUCAUCAUACCAAAUAAGCAUCAUUUUACUCGUCUUUUGAUUGAUAAUUCACAUCAAACCACUUUGCAUGGUGGUACAACACUAACAUUGUCGCAUCUUCGUCAAAAAUUUUGGGUCAUCAAUGGGCGACAAACCGUCGGCUCACAAAUUAGGAAAUGCAUUAUAUGUUUUCGUAAUAAGCCUGAAUUAGCAACUCAAAUGAUGGGAAAUUUACCUUAUCAUCGUGUUAAUCCAUCAAAACCAUUUUCAGCAACUGGUAUAGAUUAUACUGGUGCAAUUGAAUUAAAGUCAUCACGAUUUCGUGGCAACACCACGUACAAAGGAUACAUAGUCAUUUUCAUUUGCCUCGCAACAAAGGCAAUUCAUUUGGAAGCCGCUACCGGUAUGUCAACCGAACAUUUUUUAAUGGCAUUACAUCGUUUUAUUGGUCGACGUGGUAUAUGUCGCGACAUAUUCAGCGACAAUGGCACAAAUUUCGUCGGUGCGGAUAACUUAAUUAAUCCAAAGGUUUUCACUGAAUCAGUCAAAAAGGAUAUAGUGCCGAAAUUAGCUGAAAAAGGAAUACAAUGGCACUGUGGCAGCUUCACUGCUAUUAAAAUUUGGUACUAA